UUGGGCGUGCGACAACCGAGCAUAAAACGCGGCAGACGCUUGCGUGCAGCAACCAUUGAUCCACCGGUGUCCGCGAUACCGCUACACCAAGUCGGUCGCGGACGCUGCGGCGACCACCGACUCUCACCAUGCAACCCCCACCUAGAAAGAGUAACUACACGAAGUUUCUAAAGAAUCUGCACACUGAGCAGAUUGCCAAGCUCCACGCUAAAAACCAGCAUGAGUGCGACCUGCUGGAAGACCUUCGUACAUACACCAUCAAGCGGUCCGCUAUUGAAAAGUCAUACUCGGAAGCACUACUGAAGAUUUCCUCGGCGUACCUCAACAAGAAAAUACCAAAUAUACCCGACAUAAAAGUGGACGGUGCAGAAGAGAAAUGGAACAUGUGGAACGUUUGGCGCACCGUGCUAGAAGAGAACGAGAAGCUAGCGCGCGCCAGACUAGCCGCUGUAGAGGUGUUCCAGCAACAAAUAGCAGACGAGGCCAAGUUCCUAAGGCAACACAAACUUAAUGUCGCCAAAAAGUGCACAGAUUCACUUGCACAAGCGCACAAAGAAUUACAAUUGACUGUGGUCGAUGUAGACAAGACCAAGAAAUUGUACUUCGACGAGGAACACACGGCCCACGACGUAAGGGACAAGGCAAAGGAUAUCGAGGAAAAACUGAAGAAGAAGAAAGGCUCGUUCUUCCAGUCUAUAACUUCACUGCAAAAGAACAGCGCUAAGGUGUCUUCCCGAAGGGACCAGCUGGAGGAGAAGUCCACGGGUGCCAGAAAUGACUACUUGCUCAGUAUCUCAGCUGCUAAUGCCCAUCAGAACCGUUAUUUUUUGGUGGAACUACAAACUUGCAUGCAAAACAUGGAAUCAUCAGUCUACGAGAAAGUGUCAGAGUUCCUAACUCUGAUGGGUCGCACCGAACUCCUCACAUGUUCAGCUACUCAGCACUCGUUUGGAAAAAUCAGGGACCAAGCUCAGCAGCUCACCAGAGAGUAUAACUUGCAAUGCUUGUACUUAUACUAUCCAGUAUUGAAACAACACAUACAGUAUGAGUUCGAGCCGUGUGACAACGACCCCAUAGACACAGUGACAAUAGAACACGACUCUGUGGCUCUGACCCUGGCUCAGGAAGCGCGCAGAUGGGCAACCCGCGUGGUCCGCGAAACCGCGCUCGUGAGGGAUGCCACACGCAAACUACAUCUAUACCAAGCCAUGCGGGACGCCGGCCAAAAGGUGGAUCCUAACGACCCGAACGGGCCAGAGCUUGAAGUUAGAAUGGACGAACUAAGGGCCAACAUACGUCGGUCCGAGACCUCCAAAGCGAAGUACGAGGCCAGGCUCGAAUGUCUGCGCACCAGUGGCGCUCCUGUCGACGAGUGGUUGAAGGAAGUCGAUCUCCUCGCGGUUCAAGACACGUUGCCUCGCAGCAGCAGUUUGCUUAGUGUCCGGACUGAUGCAUCUGGAGCUGCUGACCAGCCCAGUUCAGACUCAUUCUACGACAGCGACAAUACUGAAGGUGAAGCGGCCACAUCGGUAGGGGUCACCGCCACUAGUGGUCACCAGCGCACCACCUCGGGCUCUCAGAACGAAGACGAACACGACGAGGAUGUCGAUGCCGUUCUAGAAGAAGAGCGUAUGCGAAUUGAACAACUGACGGUGGGUUGGGACGAUCCCACGCAAGUGAACUGGGGCGAACCAGAACCGGACACUCCGGCCCCAGAGACCACGGAGCCACCAGCGGCGCCACUGUACAAAUGCACAGCACUAUAUUCUUAUACGGCUCAAAACCCAGACGAGUUGUCAAUAAUAGAGAACGAACAGCUGGAAGUAGUUGGCGAAGGUGAUGGGGAUGGAUGGCUCCGAGCGAGGAACUACCGUGGAGAGGAAGGCUACGUACCGCACAACUACUUGGACGUAGACAGCGAUCAGGUAACAACGACAUCCAGUGCUCCCGGCCUGGUCACGCAAAUAUCAUUCUCAUCUGUGGACUACACUGUGGAAGGCGAGGAUGCGGAUGUGGUGCAAUCUCCGGAUCAGAUAUCCGUGAUAUCGGCUCCAGUCGCGAAGCCUGAAGAACCCAAGCCAGAAGAGCCGAAACCCGAAGCACCGAAGUCGGAACAGCUCCCAACCCUGGGCUACUGCUUCGCGCUGUACGACUACGACGCAGACAGUGCUGAUGAACUGAAUCUUGAAGAGGGACAGAUAAUCCGCAUCGUGUCCCGGGACGCUCAUGGCGUCGACGACGGUUGGUGGCGCGGCGAGGCCAAUGGUGUUAUUGGCAACUUCCCAUCGCUUAUCGUUGAAGAGUGUGAUGAGAACGGAGAGCCGCUAAGCGGAGGUGACGACUGGACACCUCCAGGGUCUGCACCCCCGGUGUUCUCCUCACCCCCCGGGACUCCGCCUGGCACCGGCUACGAAGACGAACUGAUCGUGAGUGAGAACAACAAUACAAAAAGCGCUGCGCCCCCGGCGGAUCCGCCCCCGCCGCCGCCCGCCGACCUUGGGGACUCUAUGGACAGCCAGCCAGACUUCAGUUUUAACUUAGAACUAACAAAGAACCAGCAUGAGCAAUAUGAUAUGCAGUUCUCAGCGCAGGAGACUGCGCCAUCAGCUGUCACCAUAGUUGUCGAUGAGGUUCUGGGUGAAAAUAUUGAGGAAGAGGAGGAGGAGGAGCGGGUAGCACCGCCGCCUCAGCCGAGCAAGCCUGUGCCACCAAAAGUUGAGCUGCCUGAGGAUUGCGGGCUCGGCGUGGCGCAGAUCGUCAUCACGGCAGCCACGCCGAUGGUCGAGGAACCAGAACAGCCGUUCCCACCACCCGAACCAGAUCCGGAGCCCGAACACCACGAGGAACCCGAGCGCAACGAGGAGAACGAGGAUGAAGAGUCCUCUCUGUCGGAACAGACGGCCGUCUGCCUCCGGGACUCUGAUGAUGGACCGGCGGACUCUGCUCCACACCCGGCGUCUAGUUCCACAGCCUCAGAAGGGGAGUCGACGGGGGCGUCUGUAGCGUCUGGCCCCCCGACCGCCCCACAGUCCCCCCCGGCGGCCCCCCGAGCCGGUCGAGCCUCUAUACCCGAUGAAUUAGAACCGGCACAACUAGCAAGGCUCACAGACUUAAAAGAGUCGAACGCUUAAGCCUAAACCCGCCUACUCUUUACCUGCUCCCGUAACAAACUACAUUUUCCAUUAGUGAUAUCAUUAGAAAUGGUCAAACUUACACAUUUAUACUGCCACAAUGACAUUAUCGGGCGAGUUACGCUCCCUACAAUUAGCUCCAAGUUAAAAUCUAGAAAUCUUUCGACAGGAACUAUAAGUAUCUUAUUGUCAGGACAUUGACUUAUGUAAUUGUCUCCGCUUUAUUCUAUACUAAACAAGUUAGAAUAAAUUAAUAAAUAUACAUGUUUACACCGCUAUAAGUAUGAGAUAAAAAUAAAAAGCAAUGUUAGAAUGGACUUUUUGUAUGAGGUCAGUACAAAUAUAUUUACAAAUAGAUUCUUUUUCCUGUGACCCCAUUUUUAUUUUAUUUUAAUCAACGAUUAUUAAUUCGUGUAAUUUCUUGUUUUUUUUUUUUCUCUGUAAUAGGUAUCAUAAAUAGACUGUCAUGUUUUAUUAAUUUCUGUAGGAGCUUUAUAAUGUACCAUAUGUGAAAAUAUGACAUGUACGGUACUAUAAUCGUUCGAUUUUAUCGUCAUACGAGUAAUAUAAUAGGAGAGCAUAAUGUAAACAAUUAAAUCGUCUUUUUUAUACUACUAUGGCGGCAAACAAACAUACGGCCUGUUUCAUGGUCAACGGUUUUUUUUUUAAUGGAUGAUAAUGGAAUGGUAACGCUACGUCUGUACACGCUAUCGGGGCACCAGUAAGGGAUGAUAGGUGGGAAUAAAAAGACAGCAGUUACCUAGUCAGCCCAUCGUGAUGAAUAUGCCUGGAAUUCGGCACGAUGGUUUCCAGGAGGAACCUUGUGGAGAUUGACCUGACAGAGUAUAUUGCUAGCAAUGAAACUAAUAGUCCGCAUUACAAACAAUUCCUUCCUCCUCGGUAAAUAGAGUUACCAUAAUCUAUAGACGCCUUUAAAACUAGGGAUCACCCUUCUUUUUCUUUUUGAAAAAUCCCAUGCUGCAGUCUCUAAGCGAAGCCUCGGUAGGAAGAUAUUCCACAACCUAAGUGUUCGCAGCCUAUUUUUUGUUCCGGUCAGUAAAUAUAUCUCGGAAAUGCAGACGAAGGCGCGAUUAAAAGCUAGUUAUAUAUAUUUUGCUGCUCUAUUAUAUCGUGAUGAUAAAAUCAAAAGAUAUCGUGUCGUGCUACGGCAAAUUAUAAAAUCGUCUAUUCAAAUGGUAUCGCUUAUCAAAAUGUUUUUUGUACGAGGGCUGGCGUUCAAUAGACGAUCAAACAGUAUGUGAUCAAUGGAUGCCCUUAGUGUCUAACCUUGCCUAUAAUAAUCUCCUAACACCACUAGCCGUGGCACAUACUGGUUGAAUAUUCGUCAACUAUAUGACCGUUUCUCGGCUAUGCGACGUUCCAUGUCAUUUGUAUAGCAGUGCGAUAUCAUUCUAUAAUUAUAUUUAAAAAAAAUCUUAAUCGAUAUUUUUCUUUACUUGGCACAAUUAUUCAUCAAUAUUAGCGUAUCAUUUUUAUAGAAUUUAAUCGUUUAAAAUAAAAAUAAAAAAGUAUGUAAUAAUUAAUGCAAAAACGUUUAUACUUUAGCUUUAAUAAUCGUGUCAACUAUAGAAAAAAAAAAAAAAAAAAAAACUAUGAGUAUGGUAAAUAUUUUGGGGUUUUAUCAAUCUAUGGCCAAAAUAUAUAAUUUCUAAUCACGUUACCAGAAUGUGUACCUAAAUUAGUUAGUGCUAGGUGUUAAAUGACAUAUACUGUGUAGCCAUAUGAUCGAACUAUUGUUUCGAUUAUACAGUACCUAGUAAUGAUAGAAUUAUUAUAAAAGUUCCGUUAGAAAACAUUGAUGUUAGAUAUUAUUAUAACUUUUAAUACUUUGUUACAAUAGAUAUAUAACUCUAUCUAUUUUGCCUCUAAUACAAGUAUUGGUGCCUAAGUAGUUUGUUAGUUAGGUGCCUACAGCAUUUACUGACUAAUCGAUUCGGUCUACAUUAAUUACUAAUCUUACUCCGUUAUAGAUAAAAAAUAAUUCUGUGGAAAAAGGUGACAUUUCGCCAAUUUUACUAAUGCCUCCGAUUUACUACCGAUUCUGUACAUAAUGAUCACAUAAUAAAGAAAUGGCGUCGAUUUAUAGUCUUUAUUGGAUGAACGGAAAGUGGUCGUAGUUGUAAAUUAACGACCUAGAA